GCUACUUGCCACGUGACCUGCCGGCCGAUUCCAUGGGAGAAACGCGCCGCCUGCUCAACUUUCAAGCUGCUUGAAAUCUAGGCGGUCUAGACUUCAAGUUGUGUCACAUUUGGAGAGGUAAACCGGUGGGAAACAUAAGGGGCAACCUCUUCAAUUUGCAAGCUUUGAAAUGCCCCGCCCAAAGCCCACGAAGCCUCAGGCCCCACAGAAGAUGGCACCCGCCAAGAGGAAAAAGAGCAAUGCAAGUGUCGCUAGCUCGGCGCCUUCUCUCAAGAAACUAAAGACUGAGAAAGUGGAGGUGUCCGUUAGACGCCGUGAUAGCCCUGGACACGUCUACACCGUUGGCCAAGGCGAUGUUGGCCAGCUCGGACUGGGUCCAGAUGUCAUGGAGGUAGCGCGGCCCGCUCUGGUUGCUGACUUGAAGGAUGUCGUCGAUGUUGUGGCCGGCGGGAUGCACACCUUGUGCCUUACAGCUGACGGCAAGGUGUGGUCGUUUGGGUGCAACGAUGAGGGUGCUCUGGGACGCCAGACAUCAAGCCUGGAUGGCAGCGAGACGACGCCGGGAAUCGUGGAGCUCCCAGAGCCGGUUGCCCAACUGACAGCAGGCGACUCCCACUCAGCCGCUCUCACCGUUUCUGGAAAAGUGUACCUGUGGGGCAACUUCAGAGACUCCCGAGGACAGAUGGGCCUUGUCACCGAGGGCAAGGCCGAACAGGCGCCAAAGCUGGUCGUCUCGGACAUUCUCCAGAUUGCCUCUGGCAGCGAUCACGUAGUGAUGCUGACGGUCAAGGGCAACAUGCUCACCAUGGGAUGCGGUGAGCAAGGACAGCUGGGACGAGUGCCUAUGCGACCUGGUGCCUCGCGUCGAGCAUGCUCCGCUCCUCUAGACCUGCUGAAGCCCACCGAAGUCUCCAUAUCGAAACCUAGUGGCUGCAGGACACGAUCCUUUGACAGGAUAUGGGCUGGUGCAUAUGCCACAUAUGCACGGCUUCGUGAAACUGGCCAGCUGUACGGGUUCGGUCUAAACAACUACCACCAGAUGGGAGUGCAGGCACAGAGGUCAAACGACAAUUCCCAAAUAAUACCUGUGCCUCGACCACUCACCUCCUGUCAAGGACAUAGGUGGCAGCUUGUCAGCGGAGGCCAGCACCACACACUGCUCCUGAGCGAAGAAGGCUCAGUUUUCACCCUCGGCCGCAAGGACUACGGUCGGCUUGGACUUGGGGCGUCCAUGCCUGCAGCUAAUGAAGACCAGGAGACCCCUGCCCAAGUGCCUGGCCUCUCUGGCUGCGUGGAUGUCUCAUGUGGCGAGGCAGUUUCAUUUGCCAUUGAUGGUGAAGGACGCCUGCACUCCUGGGGCUUUGGCACAAAUGGCCAGCUGGGCCAUGGUGGCGACGACGAUCUUUUCGAGCCAAAGGUGGUCGCAGGGAAGCUAGCAGGCAAGAAGGCGCUGGUCGUGUCUGGAGGUGGCCAACAUGCCGUCAUUCUCGCCACAUGAGCAUUUUUGUACGUGGCAGCACCACAUUGACAUUGAAAGUUUUAAAGAUUUUAAAGUUUUAUCGACUGAUGCUAGAAGGCAUGUUUAUUACACAAAAUGUCACCACCAUCCCAACAGCACAAGGCAGUGUUCACAUUUUGAAUAAAUCUGCUUCACUUACUGCCAUUA